AUGAUUGGCGUGACGGUCGCGGCGCUGUUGGCCAGCUCGUGUUUCCUGCUUGGCAUGCUCGGGAUGCACUGGCGUGCUGACCACCUGAUCCUAUGGGAAUCAGAUCGCACUCCAGAGAGCGUGCUUGUAGCACUCCAAUACUAUGUAUCGACGGUCGGCGCCGCGCCCACAAAGUACACGACGGUGCUUCUAGUGGUCGGCACGAUCCAGGCGACGAUCCUCGGCAGCAAGAUCUUUAUGGGCUCAGAAAACAAUUGGCUUUUCGAUGGUGCGAGCCUGUUUCUCGUGUGCGCCAGCGGCAUUUUGUACGUGAACAAGAUCCACCCGUUUGUCGACGCCCUGCCCAGCGUCAUGCCACCGCCCCAAGUUCUUACUUCUGCACACUUCCAGCAAACGCUCGGCAUACUGCGAGAGCUGGCGAGUGCGCACAUCCUUCUCUCCAUGGCCUUGAUAGGCAUUAUCCUCCUGCAGUGCGGCAAAUACUACAGUCGUGAACGCAACGAAGAAGUCGACGUGCGCCUCGUCCGGCGCCUACGACAACUACAACAGGAAGAGCGCAAGAGCGGCCAAGUUACCGCAUCGUCGCCGGACCUGCUCAUGGCCGCCCGCGGCGGUGCACACUAA